AUGUUCACUCUUAUGCAGUUUCAUUCUCUAGCUGGUAUUUUGGGUAGCAACACAGGCAUUCUUGAUGAUCUCCGCAGGAUAUGGGUUAAUGGAUAUGUUCCCAUCAAUAUUUUUGGUGACCCACUCAUCAGCACAUGGGCUGACAUUAAGGUGGCCGAACCAGCCUCCCCACCAUCCCUGAGCUUUGCUUGUCCAACUAGCCUCCCCCUUAUCCCCGCACCUUGGCAGCCAUACCCACAUCCCCACCAACUCCGCACCCCACCACCCCACCCAGCAGCCCAGCCCGCCUUACCACCGUCCCCAAACCAAAGCCACCCAGCCCUCAUUGCCACCGUCUGUGUCAAAGCCACCCAACCCACCUCACCACUGUCCCUGCGCCAAAGCUGCCUAACCCACCACACCACCGUACCCACGCCCCAGCCUCACCACCGUCCCCAACACCAAAGCCGCCCAGCCUGCCUCACCACCAUCCCCACGCCAAAGCCACCAUGCCUGCCUCGCCACUGUCCCCGCACCUCAGCUGCCCAGCCCGUCUCUCCAACGUCCCCACGCCCCGGCCGCCAGCCCGCCUUGCCACCGUCCCUGCAACCCAGCCACCCAAGCCACCUCACCACCGUCCAUGAGCCAAAGCCGCCUAGCCCACCUCGCCACAGUCUCCACGCCCCAGCGAACCAACCAGCCUCAACACCAUCCCCGUGCCCCGGCCACCCAGCCCUCCUCUCCACCGCCACCGCACCCCAGCCGCCCAGCCAACCUCUCCACAGUCCCUGUGCCCUGGCCACCCAGCCUGCCUCCGCACCGUCCCGCACUCUGGCCACCCAGCCCGCCUCGCCACUGUCCCUGCGCCCUUGCCACCCAGCCUGCCUCGCCGCCGUCCCCGCACCCAGCCCGCCCAGCCCUCCUCACCACCAUCCCUGCACCCCAGCAGCCCAGCAGCCCAGCCCGCCUCCCGCCCUACCUGCGCCCCGGCCUCCCAGCCCACCUCCCCACCGUCCCCAAGCUUUGCUUGUCCAACUAACCUCCCCCUUAUCCCUGCGCCCAGGAAGCCCAACCCACCUCCCCACCAUCCCUGCACCCCACCAGCCCACCCAGCCACCGAGCCCACCUCCCCACUGUCACCGUGCCCGCACACCCAUCCCCCAUCCUCACCACCGUCCCUGCGCCUCAGCCACCCAGGCCACAUCACCACCAUCCCCACACCAAAUCCAACCACCCGCCUUGCCACUGUCCCCAUGCACAAGCUGCCCAGCCCGCGCCCACGCCCCGCCCACCCAGCCUCCUCUCCACCGCCCCCGCGCCCCGGCCGCCCAUCCCUCUUUUCCAGGUCCCCGUGCCUCACCGCCCAGCCCUCCACUCCACCGUCCCCGCACCCGGCCGCCCAGAGCUCCUCCCCACUAUCCACCCAGCUCGCCUCCCCACCGUCCCCGCGCCCCAGCCGCCCAGCCCGCCUCCCCACAUUCCUCGCACCCCGGCUGUCCAACCCACCUCCCCACCUUCCCCAGCAACGCACACCCAAGCCCGCCUCCCACCAUCCCAGCACCCCGCCUGCCUAUCCCGCCUCCCCACCAUCCCCGCACCCCGCCUGCCUAUCCCGCCUACCCCCAUUCCCCGCGCCCCGGCCACCCAGCUCGCCUCCCCACCAGUCUCCGCGCCCCAGCCACCCAACCCGCCUCCCCACCAUCCCCAUGUUCCGGCCCGCCCAUCCCGCCUCCCCACAUUCCCCCCACAUCCUGGCCGCCCAUCCCGCUUCCCUACAUUCCCCGCCAGCCCAGCCCACCUCCCACCAUCCCGCGCCUCGCCAGCCCAGCCCACCUCCCCACCAUCCCCGUGCCCUGCCCACCCUGCCCACCUUCCUCCCCCCCCCCCCCCCCCGACCCAAGCACGCCUCCCCCCGUCCCGGGGCCCCGCCACCCAGCCCCACUACCCCCCCGUCCCCGCGCCCCAUCUGCCCAGCCCGCCUCUCCCCUAUCCCCGCACCCGGCCCACCCAGACAGCCUCCCCCCCUCCCGCAUCCCUCCCGCCCAUCCCGCCCAUCCCGCCUACCCACAUUCCCCGCGCCCCGGCCACCCAGCACGCCUAUCCCGCCCCGUCCCUGGCCCUGGGCCCCGCCCACCCAGCACGCCUCUCCCCCAUCCCUGGGCCCCGCCCACCCAGCCCGCCUACCCCCCGUCCCGGGCCCCGCACACCCAGCCCGCCUCUCCCCCGUCCUGGGGCCCCGCCCACCCAGGCCCGCCUCUCCCUGUCCCUGGGCCCCGCCCACCCAGGCCCGCCAUCUCCCCGUCCCCUGGGGCCCCGCCCACCCACCCGCCCCCUUCCUCCCACCCAGGCCCUGGGGCCACCCCGCCCACCCAAAGCCCGCCUCUCCCCCGUCCCUGGGCAGGUCUUUCUCCUUUCGUAGGAGUUUCUCAUGUCUCUGAAGCUGGCAGUUUGCUUCUGCCAACUGCACAGUCAGAUUCCUUAUAUUCUCACAUAGUGCAUCGCUUCUCUGCACAAUUUCCUUUGCAUUGCCCUUCAGUUGCUGAUUUUCUUUGUUAUCUUGAGGUUCUUGUCUUCCAGCUGUUGUUUCUCCCUCCUCACGUUAUCGUUCUCCUUCAGAAAAGACGUUUCAGCUUCGAGAGAGUGGGCCCUGUCUUGCUAGACCUGGUAUUGCAACACUUCAUGAGUGAUCUGUAUCACAUGACUGCGUUCUUUCCUAGCCCCGACUUAUGCAUCUCUUCCUAG